UGGUUACAUGCCUGAAAUAUGGUUUUGGUUAACACAAGCUUAAAGUUUUGUUCUGUGACAUGAAAUACACCUCACUCGUGAAUUCUGAAGCUUUAACGUCUUUAAAAAAAUGAGACUACAGCCUUUCUGACGUUGAAGUCGUGACCGUGUUGUAUUUCGUCUAUAGCUUAACGUUAGCUUUUGACUUCUAGUGAUUGCAUUUAGGCUUCAAUAAUCAUGAAAGUGGUGUUCAUUUGUGAGGAUUAUCUUGCUGAACAAAAUGUCUAAGAAGUUGAAGUUUGUUUUCCACGGGACCAAUUUUUUUCUUUAAUUAAUCCAAAAUCCAACAGAAAAAUCCCAAAGGCUUUUCGACGAGGGAACCAUCCCUGAGGAGUUUAUCUGAUGCUGGGCCACUGACUGAAACCUUGCUCUUAAAUGUAACCUUUGAAAAUGCUUGAAUCCACUGAGAUGCUGUGUUGCCUGCUGCUGCGGAAGCAGCGGGGCACUGAGUGGUGAAGCAGUGAGCCUCCUCCCCCUGCCCAGCCAGCCAGUCAGUCAGCCCAGCAGCAGCCACUGGAGCCGCACACAGCAGCCCGUCUAUGGGACACUGAGGAUUUCAUCUGGCUGCCCGGAGCCGCGCACAUAGGACGCACGCUGUUUAUACAGCGCCUUCAUUUCCUUUUUUAUCGGUUUGAUUUUUCUUUUAUUUCGUCGCUCAAAGGAACUUUUUUCAAUCUCGUUUUCAUUCAGAAACUUUCACUUAUGGUUCGCAAAGAUGGGGUCAAGUUGUGGUUUCUCUCGGGGAAACGUCGUGGUGGUGGUGCUGCUGCUGCUACAAGGAGCGACAGGGCUGUACUUCCCUCAGACUGAGUACAUUGAGACGGUGUAUGUUGGCCAGCUGGCAGGGACGCCAAUCCUCCAGGUCCACGCCAUGCUGGACAGUGACACUGAGCGGCCGCAUUUCUACCUGUGCUUCACGAGCACUAUCAGACGACCACCUUACAGCUCCUGGUUCAACCUGGACAUCAACACUGGAAUACUGUCCUUGAACAAAACCCUGGAGGGAAGUGACUUUGCCUUGCUAUAUCAACACUCAUGGUCAGUGAAGAAGUUGUUCCUGCAUGCCAUGGUGUUACCUGACUUCACCAAGAAGUCCCUGUGCAUCAAAAACUCACCUCGGAUCACCCUGGACUUUGUCAAUGCCACGAUGCCUCAGUGUGCUCAGACAGAUAUGAAGGAACUGUGCUUCCCGCACAGAGACACCUCCAACCCCCACAUCAUGGAAAACAGGUUCCCCGGGGCCCUACGGCAACUCCGACGUCUCACCAGACUCAACAUCUGCCCAAACUACACCAUUUCUUACAAUGUGGAAUCAGAUACCCCUGCUCCAUUUGCUGUAAAUGAGAACACCACAGAGCUGGUGGUGACGGCUCCGUUAGACCGUGAGGAGAGCGAAUGCUACAGACUCCUGCUUGUGUGCACAGUCCGCACAGAAACAGUCGUCACCAAGGUGGACACUUCACUGGAUGUUUUUGUUGAUGAUGAGGACGAUAACGCACCGUAUGUGAAUGGAACAGACACAGCAGAUAUUAUCAUAGGUUUCAAUCGAACAAAGGGUGGCUCUUUUGGCACUUUGUUUGUCUUUGACAGGGAUUUAACCCCCAUCUUUCCCAUAGACCAGACUCACAAUAAGUAUGUGGGGACCUUGCUCAAUAAUGACCCAUGGGUGAAGAAGACAUUUAACAUAACAAGGACCUUCAGUGAGAAGAAAGCUGCUAUUGGAGGCAUUCGAGAGACCGUCUACAACUACCAGCUUAUCCUGGAGAGGAACCUGUAUGUGACUGAGAAUCGCACACUGCAGCUGGACUACCUGGUCAAUGACACCACCUACCCCGGUCUAGAGGGAACAGUGUUGCUGCACUUCAAUGUCACCAUCUUACCCGUCCACAUCCGCUUCCCCAACAUAACACAGAUGUUCACACUGACACGCAGAGCUUCUGUUUAUGCUCAGGUUGGCAGAAUCUGUGUGGAAAACUGCCAACAGUUCGAUGGCUUCAGGGUCACAUACCGGCUUGAGGUGGCAGAUAAGAACGUGUCUGCUGACGUACAGUCCUGCUAUACAGCCAUAGGCAUCACCCAGGCCUCGGAUGAAAUGUGGGGACUGCUUUAUGUGAAUGACUCAGAGGCGCUGCGCAGGCCUGACUGCCAGGAACUACAGUACCUCGUUGUCGCCCAGGAGGAGCACACACAGUUGGAGACCAGCACUCAGAUACACAUCAUGCUAGUUAGUGAAGCGAACAAGGCCAGUCAGGAGAGCCAGCAGUUCCUGUCCUGUGCAGAAAACAGACGGCGAGGAGACUGUGAGUCUGUCCGAGGCCUGGGGGCGACAACAGGGAGAUGCCAGUGGAGGCAAGGCACUGAGAAAGGAAUAUCUGAAAAUUACUCAACCUGCUCCCCUGACCUGCGGACAUGCCCGGAUAGUUUUUGUGACGCAGUUGAAAGCAAAGACCCAUUAAUAUGUCCACAAGACUGUACAAAGGAAACUGUUACUGGAGGUCAUGAACGAGGCUUGAGGAACGGGAUCCAGGCCGGCUAUGGAACCUGUUACUGCUACUCUGAGAGAUGCUUCUGUGAGAAGGAAGAUGUUGAGGAGGCCAUAUGUGAUGACAUGUGUAAGACCAUCAUUGCCACAGCACUGCUCCUCUCCUUCAUCGUCUCCAUCCUCCUGUCCUCCUACUUCAUCCACCGGUACCACAAGAACUCGCCCAAGCCCCCAAUUGCCUCUGCUGAGAUGACUUUCCGUCGGCCAGCUCAGGCUUACCCCAUCAGCUUCCCUGCUAACAACGUACGCAGGGGCUCGCAGGAAUCCAUUGAGACUGAUACCUUUAAAAUACCUGAGGAUCCUAAGUGGGAGUUUCCUCGUAAAAACCUUGUACUUGGCAAGACUUUAGGAGAAGGAGAGUUUGGGAAAGUUGUCAAGGCAACAGCAUUCAGGCUCAAAGGAAAAGCCGGUUACACCACUGUGGCUGUGAAAAUGCUUAAAGAAAACGCCUCCCACAGCGAGCUGCGUGACCUGCUGUCAGAAUUCACUUUAUUGAAGCAAGUCAACCAUCCGCACGUCAUAAAGAUGUACGGAGCGUGCAGCCAGGAUGGUCCAUUGUAUCUGAUUGUGGAGUAUGCCAAGUAUGGGUCGCUCCGCAACUUCCUGCGCGAGAGUCGGAAAGUUGGCCCGAGCUACAUGGGCAGGGACGCCAACCGAAACUCCAGCUACCUGGAGAACCCAGAUGACAGGGCGCUCACCAUGGGUGACCUGAUCUCCUUUGCAUGGCAGAUCUCCAGAGGCAUGCAAUAUCUGGCGGAAAUGAAGCUUGUUCACAGGGACCUCGCAGCACGAAAUGUCCUCGUAGCUGAAGGGCGAAAGAUGAAGAUCUCCGACUUUGGCCUCUCCAGAGAUGUGUAUGAAGAGGACUCGUACGUUAAGAGGAGCAAGGGCCGUAUACCUGUUAAAUGGAUGGCAAUAGAGUCCUUGUUUGAUCACAUUUACACAACACAGAGCGACGUCUGGUCCUUUGGAGUGCUUCUGUGGGAGAUAGUGACACUGGGAGGAAAUCCAUACCCAGGUAUUGCCCCUGAACGCCUCUUUAACCUGCUCAAGACUGGCUACAGGAUGGAGAGACCAGAAAACUGCUCCGAGGAAAUGUAUAACCUCAUGCUUCGAUGCUGGAAACAAGAGCCAGACAAGAGGCAGACAUUCUCAGACAUCAGCAAAGAACUGGAAAAGAUGAUGGUGAAAAGUCGGGAUUACCUGGACCUGGCGGCGUCCACGCCAGCCGACGCCCUGCUGUACGACGACGCCCUCUCUGAAGAGGACACACCUCUAGUGGACUGUAAUAACGCCCCUCUCCCUCGAACCCUCCCCUCCACAUGGAUUGAAAACAAGCUCUAUGGCAUGUCAUACCCGAACUGGCCUGAGAAGAGCCCGGUACCGCUCAACAGACAUGAUGCCACUAAUCCAGUCUUUACAAGAUAUGCCAAUGAUAGUGUUUAUGCAAACUGGAUGGCUUUGCCUUCACCCGCAAAAGCUGUGGACAAGCUCGAUAGCUAAAGACAAACCAACACUGUAGAAAAGAUGACUAAUUGGUAGAUGUGUAUAUUUCUAUAAGACUGUACAUAUACAAUCUGAUGCUAAAGCUGGUUCCCUUUUAUUUCUGUUGCACGGGUAUUCAACGUUUGAAAAACUGGGGUCUUUUUGCUGCAAAAGCAGCAGGAUCAAUGUAGACCAAGCUUCAUUCAGCUCUUCAGUAUGUUAAUUAUUACCUCACGGGUCAUGUUGGCCAAGUUGUAUCACUGCAUGACUAUUGUACCAGAUUGUAUGCCAGUUGUCGAUGUCUUUUAAGUGCCUGUGCCGCUUCUACAAUAGCCUCCAAUUAUUAAUGUGCAACUGUGAAGAUCUUGUUCCAGCCCAGGAAUUAAAGGGGACGUCUUUACCAUCACCUGUUGUAGACAGCUGGGAUUGAGUGGACAGAAGAAAAAUGCUGAACCUGUUCUGAAAAUGUAAAGUUUCUACCUUAGAGGAUUGUUGCUCCUCGAAAUGUCAAAGACCCAUUUUGUGUUUCUCCCACAAGAUGUUUCAAAAACUGUUCUUGCCAAAGAAAAGUAACACAGACAUGUUCAGUGAACAGUUUUCUUGCUUUUGUUCUUGUUUGGUUUUUGUUUUUUUACAUGGAAAAAUAUCAACUAGUAAGUGCUUCUCCAGUGUAACGACAUGAGACUUAAUGUCGCUUGUGACCAUGUCCGGUGUCAGACUACAGUUCUCUUUUGGAUUCACUGUAAUGGCAAUCUUUGUGGAAGUAUGAUUAUGUAAACUAAUGAGUGUUAUCAUCAUUAUGUUGUUAUUAUUUGAUUAAGUUACAAUUAAUAAUAAACGUUGAAAAUGUGCA